CACUGCUCAGGUUGUCCAUCCCCCAGAGGAAACUGUGGAGCUACAUCAGAAAACUAACUGUGUGAUAUGACCGUGAUCCAUGAUGAGCCUUGGGUGGGGUGGCUCAGUAGUGAAUAUGGGGAUUGUUGAGUGAAGACAAAGUCCUUCAGCCAGGUCAAGUCAGCAUACUGGGGCAAACUGCAGAUCCUUUUCCUGAAUUCCUUCUACCUCUCGGAAAAAGGAAAAAUCCACGGAGCUGAUUCUGAAACUCCUCAAAAUUUACAAAACAAAAUCUGCUGGGUCCACUCUAGUCGGAGUCUGCUGUCCGGAUCAUGGAUUCGGAUCAUCUGGAUCAUCAACAAAACACCAAAACAUAACAAAUAACCUAAACUGGGAAAUAAAAUAAAAAAGACACGUGACAUGUGUAACAGGAAAUAAGUGCUGGUUAGCGGUGUGGCCAUCAUUUCCUGAUCUACACCAAGAGCACAAAACAACUGAAGCAGCUUUUCCUGCUCACUGAAACCUCCAGAAACACAGCUCCAGAAACAUGAAUGAACCAAUAAAUGUGACAGAUGGCCAGACCUGUGAUUAUGUCAACACAUCAGUCAACUCUUUCUUUAUUCUGGUCUACAGUCUGGUCUUUCUGGUGGGUUUACCCCUCAAUGGCUUCAUCAUGAAGUUUUACUUUUGUGGAGUUCGGCAGCAGGCAUCAAGCAGCUUGAUGGUCUACAUGAAGAACCUGACAGCUGCUGACUUCCUGCUCUGCCUCUCUCUGCCACUGCGCAUCAGCCACUAUGCUAGCAGCUCUCUCACCAUUCAGCAGCUCUACUGCAGCUUUGGGGCUUCUGCUUUCUUCCUCAACAUGUAUGCCAGCAUCAUAUUUAUGGGGUCCAUUGCUGCUGACAGGUAUCUGAAAAUUGUUCAUACUUCACAAAUGCACAUGCUGCAGACAGUACAAGCAGCAAACAUCAUCUCCAUGGUCACCUGGGUUUUUCUUCUGGUUCCUGCCAUCACCUACACCAUCCUGUUCACCCAAGAACCUCUGAGUUCUACCCUGAGCCGCUGUGGUUCCCUCUUUAGUGCAUCACUCAGCCUGGUCUUCAAAAUAAUUCACAUCAGUUGCACUAUCAUCUUUCUCGUGGUCUUCAUAUCUUUGGUCUUCUUCUACUACAGCACCUCCCGCAGGGUGUUGAAGGCACAGCAGAGGCAGCUGGCCUCCUCUGAGAAGCUGGUGAAGUCUCGCAGGAACAUGUUGGUGCUGGUCAGCAUCUUCGGUGUUUGCUUUGUCCCCUAUCACCUGGUUCGACUUCCCGACACUUUUCUUUUGAACAGCUGCUCUGUGGGGCCAGUGUUGUUCUACCUGAAGGAGGCGGCCACCAUUGUGUCAGUUUUCAAUGUCUGCCUGGACCCUGUUGUUUACUUUUUCCUCAGUAAGACUCUUUCGGGCUCAAGUGAGAAAGGCGUCCAGGAGAGCCAACAUUCAACAAACGAACAAGCAACAGGUCAAAUUGGUGAGCUGUGAGGAAAACAAUGCACUUUAUUAAAUGUGUGAAAUGUGAGCUUUGUCUAAGAUUCUGCUUUAAUAGUUACACAUGUCUGGAUGACUGCAUCACUUUUUAGCACUUUUUAUUUUUGAUAACAAAAAAAUUAAAUAUAGCUAAUAUCUUCAUUUCUUUUCCUCAUAAAAAAUCCAGCAUUCACAACCAUUUCUUGCUUUACUGACAUCAUAUUUCUCCAUUUUGUUAAUAAGAAAUAAGAAAUUUAUAAAUAAGGAUAAAAUGAGAGUUGAUGUGUUCACAUGUUAAACUGGUGCUUUACGCAGUCUGGGAGCUGCUCCAGACUCCUUCACCUUGCCUCAGAAAGGCUUGUAUCAACAUUUUAUGCACUAUCAGUGCCCGAGGUUAGAACAGGUAUUAAAGAAUUCUGGUUGUUUUGAUUUUCAUUGUCUGAGCAACUGAAACCAAAGCUGCUCUCCAUCCAUCCAUUCGCUUCCGCUAAUACUUUUCAGGGUCACGCUGCUGGAGCCUAUCCCAGCUGUCAUAGGGCGAGAGGCGGGGUACAGCCUGGACAGGUCGCCAGUCUGUCGCAGGGCUAACACACAUCAUUUUAUUGGAGCUCAAACUCUCAGUCAUGCCUCCAUGCUGGUUGGGAACUGCAGAAACCCUUGCAUUUGAACCCUUAAAUGGCAUUCAUUACUUAAUGACUUAAUCAAGUGUUUGGAACUCUCACUCAGUGUUGGCUCUCUCUGUGGUAUCGUAUCACUUCCUGUUCAUGCUACAGUGCACUGUGCUGUUUUGUGUAGCUUUUGUGUGUACUUGUUUAAUUAAAAACACUUUCAAUUGAAAUUAACUGCCCUUUAUAUUCACAGUAUUUUUGUCUUUUAUUUUAGUCUUUCGACAUUUGCUAGCUUAGCUUAGUAAUAAAUUUAUUUGUAUUAAAUGCAGCGUAUUUGCAGCUCUGGAGGCCAGGAUCACUGAAUUGGCUCAGAAACCUGGAAAAUCCUGUAGGUAGCUUGCUACAGGCUACCACCAUUAGCUUUCUCCCAGCAGAAACCAGGCUGGCUGGGUGAUAGUGAGGAGGAGCUGAGUCCUAAUUGGAAGUCCCCGAUUCACUUCACCAUGUUCAUGUGUCUAAUGAUUUUUCCCCACUCUGCGACAC